UGGGUGCUGGUCAACAUGAUCAAAAUGAUGUCGAAUCCUGCUGUGAUCAUUGACAACGGAUCCGGGCUCUGCAAAUCUGGGAUAGUGGGCGACAGCAUCCCGACUUCAGUUAUUCUGUCCGUUGUGGGCUGCUCCAAAUCGACCAAGGGAUCACGCAAUGCCAAUCUGAAAGACUACUACGUUGGCAAAGCCGCCCAAGCCAGGAGAGAUGUCUUGUCUUUAAAGUACCCAAUUGAGCGUGGCAUUGUGACUUCUUGGGAGGAGAUGGAGAUGAUCUGGAGAUACAUCUAUGGUUUUGAACUGCGUGUCAAGUCCAAAGAGAGGCCGGUCUUGCUGACGGCAGCUCCGCUGACACCUUUCCUGAACAGGGAAAGGAUGGCCGAGAUAAUGUUUGAAGGUUUCUCGGCGCCAGCAAUGUUCGUUGCGAUCCCGGCCACGCUGGCGCUUUACACCUCUGGCCGCACCCGAGGCAUAGUCCUGGACAGCGGCUAUGGUAUAACGGAUGCUGUGCCCAUCUACGAAGGCUAUUACCUUCCAGACGCCGUGCAAAGGCUGAGCGUCGCAGGGAGCGACAUCACUGAAAACCUGUGGAGGCUCAUGUUGGAGAACGGACACUCUCCUGCCGAGAAAAUGCAGACAGAAACCAUCCAGGAAAUCAAGGAAAAGCUUUGUUACGUCGCUCUCGACCCCAAGCAGGAGAGCAAGAAGCCGGCUGAGGAGCUCCAGCAUGAGUAUCAGAUGCCAGACGGGACUCAGAUUGUGGUGAAAAACGAGCUGUUCGGCGCCCCCGAGCUACUUUUCGCUCCCGACAGCAUAGGAUUGAAGGAAAGCGGAAUCCACAAGCUGAUGUUGAGCAGCAUCUCCAGAUGUGAGCAGCAUCUGCACAAGGAACUCCACAGUAACAUGCUGCUGUGCGGAGGUUCCACUCUCUUUUCGGGAAUGGAGGAGCGUUUGCUGAAAGAAAUCAAGCUGCACACGCCCAGUGGGAUACAAGUGAAAAUCAUCGCCCCUCCGGAAAGGAACUACUCUGUCUGGGUGGGAGCCUCAAUUUUAACGAGUUUGGCGUCCUUUAAACAUAUGUGGAUCACUGUUAAUGAUUACAAUGACUUUGGGCCAUCUGUGGUGAACAAGAGGUGUUUUUAAAAGCUGUUUGUCCCAAAGUGUGACUAUUGAAAUCAAAUUUUAAAAGAAAAAUGUAUGCGAUCAAAUACUACUUCAUAGCUCAUGAUGUCUUGAAUUCUGGUCAAAUCAACAAAAGAUUUGGAAUUAAUAGUUCUUGAGGGUAUUCUGGUUUUUGGUUGUAUUUCUUGGCACGCUUUCUUUGUACAAAUGGGAACAGUCCUGUAGGGUGGACAAGAGAAAACUGAGGUUAAGAACUAUCUGUAUUAGAGUGGCUAACUUUUAAAAUGAACCUGUAAUCUCAUUUCCUUAUUGUAACAUUGCAUGUAAUCCUUUUCUUUCCCCUUUCCUGUAGACUUCCUCUUAAUUUGUAGCAUGUCUUCGUGUAAUCUGAUAAAAUUCCACUAUUGUCACAAACAAAAACAUAAAUUGCUGGAAAAGCUCAGCAGGUCUGGCAGCAUCUGUGGAGAGAAAUCAAAGUUAACGUUUCGGGUGGAGUGACCCUCCCUCAGAACACAUUUGCCGUUCUUAGAUCAUUACGAGAAAGGCAUUAUUGCAUAAAAUUAAUCAUAUUCCAGAUUUUGCAGGGUCUAACGUUCCCACUAACCACACAAAGUAAAAUAUUUUGUGUUUGUUUGAUUCAUACUCUGUGGUGCUGGCUGAUCUCUAUCAGCAUCAGAAGAGUUAAGCCAACACAUUUUCUUCCCACUCUGAUGACCUUACUCCAAAAUGCACAUGGGUGUAAACCACUUCAGCUGAGUAAUGUACCUCACACAUACCGUGGAGCCUCAAUGAGUUUGAACAUUCAGGGUAAAACAAUAAGGGCCACAGUUCUGCCGAUAAACUGAUUGGAGGCUUUUAUAGCAGGGGUCAAAUGAGCCCUGUGCGUUUUGAAAUGUAAAAGGAGAACAGGAUAGGUAAGGAAGAGGGACAAACUUACAGAGGAUUUUUCAUCCUUUUGUCUUUCACGUAUCCCUGCUAACAUUUCCAGCAAUCUCCACCCACGGGGACUCCUGAUUGACAGCAGCAUCCUGCCACAGUCAUAAAAUCCCGACAGUGUGGAAACAGGCCAUUGAUCCCAUGAAGUCUACACUGGCCAUUCAAAAUGCAUCCCAUCCAGACCCACGCCCACUACCCUAUAACCCUGCAUUUCCUGUGGCUAACCCACCCAGCCUGCACAUCCCUGGACUCUAUGGGGCAACUUAGCAUGGUCAAUCCACCCCAACCUGCACAUCUUUGGACUCUGGGAGGAAACCGGAGCACUCAGAGGAAACCCACACAGACACAGGGAGAAUUUGCAAUCUCCAUACAGACUGUUGCCUGCAGCUGGUAUCGAACCCAGGUCCCUGGUGCUGUGAGGCAGCAGUGCUGAUGACUGAGUCAUUGUGAGACGGUGAAUAUUUCAGGGAAAACUGAGUCCCUGAUUUAAGCCUGGCUGCCAUCCUUUUGUGAUUAGGCGCAGGUGAAAACAUUAAUUGAAACAGAAAUGCUUUUAGUUUCCUAUCCUGACUGUGUACUGUUGGUCUGAUCCUCCAAGUCUAUAGUAUGCUACCCACAAGUAUUUCAAACUGAAAUGGACAAUAAUCCCUAAUCAUUGCACAUUUGGUGGGCAUCUCAAUGCCUUGUCUCAGCAACUCUGGAAAUGUAGUAGGGACUUUGAUGUAAGGUCAUUUCAUCUGCUUCCCCCCACCCCCUUAAAUGUGUGUGUUAUAAAGUUUAGACUCAUGCAAUAUGUAAUGUUGUGUAAAUGACACAGUGUAAAUAUACAGAACAUUUUACCACAGUCCAAACACAUUGUCACUUUAUUACAGGAUAACACUUUCACUCCAUCAGUUGUAAACAAGAGAGAUGUUCAAAACUACAAAGGGCUUUGAUAGAAUAGAUAAAGAGAAACUUUUACUUGGUGAGAGAGUUGGUCAUAGGUUUGAGAUAUAUGGUAACAGCACUUGUUUUGGACACAGUUGUGAUUUGGAAUCCAGUCCCUGACAGGCUGGUGGAAGCUUUUGCAAAAGUAGCUUUUAAAAAGAGAUGGAUACCUGCAGUGCAGAGGUCAGGUCUACACUCAGCGGGACCAACAUUUACAGAGUUGAUUAAACAU